AUGGCACCGAAAAAGAGGGGCCGGAGAGGGAGAAAGAGGGCAAGUCCCAAAGAGAGACAAGACGUCCCAGCCAAGGAGAGAGAGACUCCGAAAGGAAAACGAGAUAUUGCAGGCACGUCAAGCUCCAUAGCUAACAUCUUCCUGUGGUUGGUGGUGGUCCAGUGGACAAAUGGUCCUUCAUGGGAAGGUGAAUUGUCCGAAGGCUGGUUCCGCGAGAAAGACUUGCAGGGGCUGAAUCAAUCCCUGGUCCUGCAGUACUGGGAGGACAAAGGGGGUCGGGACGCAUGCUGUGACUUUGAUACCAGAAGGACACACUUCUUAGCGAUCCACGACGAGAGGGUGGAUGCAAAAUCUCACCGCAAGUCGUACCAGAUGCAAUUGGUUGGAUGUCGCAAUGACCCUAACUUCUGGGUUGAGGCUGGAAGUGUUUACCCACUUUACCCCGAACUUGUGAAGACAUGGCGUGCUCGACAGCGACGCGACCUUGAGGGGAAUGAAGCAACAUAG